CCCCAAUCUCCUGGUGGUCCUUACUCGAAAGCAUACGGUACAGCCAGAGAUGAGGAUGCUUGUAUUUCCAUUAAAUGACAUGAAACAGCAUGGCACUCGGUAGUUUCUUGGGUAUUUCACGGUUGAACUUUCAUUCGAGGCUUCGUUGCAGCAAAUGGCUAGGAAUCAUAUGGCUCUGCAGAGUGAUAUUUCUCUUCGUCCUCACCUUCGAAUAACGAAAUGAGCCUUGUGUGCGUCUCUUCACUUCGUGUGCACCCACUGCGAAUCUCUUGGCUUGGCGUUAUUAGAGUGCUUCUGUCUCUGAAAGAUAAUUGUCGUCGCAUGAUGUACUACUUGUAGCUACACAUGGAUACAAUUCACUCGCAUAAAAAGAAAGUGAUUGUCACUUCAUGUCUCCGGCUCUGUUGGGUCUUUUUAUCUGUGUCGUCUUCAUCAUGCGGUUGCAAGUUGCAGCUUUCGCCCUCUUGGCUACUUUGGCCUUAGUUCAGUCGGCGCCUAUCACCCAUGACGAGAUCGAAGCGAAGUCUGCUCAAGGAUAUCGCCUUCUCAGUAUCGUAGAUGGGGAAGACCCUGUAUGGAAGACCGAGGAUGAGAAGUUGCAGCUCAUGCGCGAAGAGGUGCAAUUCUUCGAUGUGACCGAUGUCUUUGAGCUCGAGCAGAAGCUGGCCGCCAAGGAGAAGAAGGUCACGGUGGGUAAAGCAGCUUUUCCCACUCCGUCGAAACAGUCGGAGGUAACACCUAUUCUGAAUACGCUCUCCAUCUCCAACAUGGAGAGCUAUCUCGCGAGUUUGACCGCUUUCAACAACCGUUACUACACGUCCAGCACCGGGUUACAGGCGAGCAAUUGGAUUCUGAAUACCGUUUCUGAUAUUGCCACCGACCGUGACGACGUUACUGUGUCAAAGUUUUCACAUCGGUUCCAGCAAUUUAGCAUCAUCGCCAAAAUCCCCGGCUCUGAAGCUUCAACCCCGGUUACUAUCCUAGGUUCACACAUGGACUCAAUUAACCUUAACAGUCCCUCUUCCUGUCGUGCACCCGGCGCUGAUGACGACGGAACUGGUUCCGUUAACCUCAUUGAAGCAUUCCGGACCCUCAUUGCUGCCGAUUUCAAACCGUCGACCCCAGUUGAAUUUCACUGGUACGCUGCUGAGGAAGUCGGACUUCUUGGGUCGCAAGAUAUCGCCGAUAAUUAUGCUGAUGACAACAUUGAUGUUCUUGCAUUCAUGGAAUUGGAUAUGUCGGGCUAUUUUGAACCGGGGACUAAAGAAGUCAUGGCAAUUCAGGCCGAUUACAUCGAUGAUGAUUUGAAUGACUUCCUGGGGAAAAUAAUUGACACCUACGCGUCUAUCCCAUGGACGAUGGAUAUCGCCUGUGGGUACGCAUGCUCUGAUCAUGCUUCUUGGUACAAAGCAGGUUACCCCUCGACCUUCCCAUACGAGGCAGUCACAGGUAAUGACAACCCUCGAAUUCACAGCUCCAGUGACACCACUAGCGUCACCGGCUUUUCUUGGACACACUCCUUGGAGUUUGCGAAAGUUGCCGUUGCAUUUGUUUAUGAAUUAGCUGCUUGAUUACGACGAGUAAACGAAGAACGCAUUUAUAGUUGAUUUA